CAAAGUUUGCGAAAACAAGAUGAAGUACCUCGAAGAGAAGACGCUGAGCUGGGCGAAUGCGGCGCUGAAUGAGUUCUGUGUCGGCGACCGCGUGAUCAAUGGGCGCCUGGAGUGCUUCUCGUGCAAGAAGGCGGGACAGGACAAGAAACUUGCCAAGUCCUUGGAGCUGUUGUACCAGUCCACCAGCAACUCCAACGACGUCGUCGAACAACAGCAGAACUCGACUCCGUCAAGCAAUUGCGCCACGGUCGCGGCAAGUAACAACAUCUCCAUCGGCAACUUGGCCGAUUCCAACACACGCAAGCUGCUCAUCAACCUGAUAUCGACCAUGAACGCGUCGUUCCCAGAUUACGACUUUUCCGACCUGAAACCCGAGCAGUUCCACAAAGAAGUCGACAUGCGCACGGUGGUCAACGCUAUCAACACACAACUGGCAGAAAUCGUCGAGAUGGACAACGUGGGUUUCCUCGAGAAGCUAUGGGAGUCGAUCGUUGCCGCGAUCGCGCCGACCGACUGUGAAGUGUACACCUACAUUCCUGACAUGGACGGAUGCUCCGACCCGUUCAGCGACGGCACGUUGUGGUCGUUCAACUACUUUUUCUACAACAAGGAGCUCAAGAAGAUCCUGUACUUUACGUGCAUGUCCAGGAGCGCCGUGCACGACAUCAACGGCAACGACGACGACGAAGACGACGACGACGACAUGGUGUGCAGGUCCGAAGACGACGACGACGACGACGCUGUGAUGGAAGGCGAUUGGGAAGACGGCGCGUAA